AUGUACCAUCAGCAUAGUCCCAUACCCCCAACUCAAACCUCGCGCCAGUCAGAACAUUUCUCCUCUAGUGCUCGUUCAGACUAUCCAGAAGGGUACUUUCCUAACGUACCGCAUGGGUAUCCACACUAUUAUGACUAUCACCAUCCGCACCAUCGCUAUAUGCCAUAUCCACCUCCCGGUAUUCCUAUUCACCACCCUCAACAAUCUCAACAACUUUCUCCUUCGAUAGCCACAGGACACGACGAGGAGAAAGCGAUAUAUACAAGGGGACAAUUAACAUCGGGGAAUAGCAAUACCACAUCGAACGAAUCAAAAGGAACGGCUGAUAAUGGGAAGAAAGAAGCCAAGGCAAAGAAUACGUCAUCUAACAGAACUUCCUCCUCUCGUCCUUCAACUUCUUCGGGACCGUCAGCUAAAAGAUUCAGAAUGGAAAAGUUUGGAACUUUUGAUGCUCCUCGAGAGGAUGAGGAUAAAAGAAUCUAUCGAUUAGUUGUUUGUCAGCAACCACUACGCGCGCGCAUGUGUGGGUUCGGUGAGAAAGAUCGGCGUCCGGUCGAUCCUCCUCCGAUAGUGCAACUAAUCAUUAAUGACGAGGAGGGUAAUUUAGAUACAAGCAUGCUUCAGAACCCCUUCUUUGUUCUCCAUGUAACCCUAUGGUCAGAAGAUGGCCGGGAAGAGCGAAAUGUGAUUAGCAGUCCACCAAAGACUACGCGUGUACUGAUGGGUUCUCUUGUCUCUUCGCCGGCCAUAUUAAAGAAUACUCAAAAUGAACAGGGUUGCUAUUUCUGCUUCCCAGACCUAUCCAUACGCACGGAGGGAAAGUAUACGCUAAAAUUCUCCUUGAUGAAACUAGGAAAUGAAGACCGAUUGGUUAGUACUCGAGCUGUCAUCCUUACCACCACAUUCUCUUCGCCAUUUACAGUCUAUUCCGCAAAGAAGUUCCCGGGAAUGACCGAGUCGACGGAACUUUCGAAAGCAUUCGCCAGACAAGGGUUAAAAAUUCCUAUCCGCAACGAUGUGCGGCCUCGUAGGAUAGAAGACUAA